AUGGAGAUGAGAGACUCAGAGAAAAUGCACAAAGAAGAAGGAGAGAAGAGCGAGAAAGACAGACUUACCAACAUAGGUCUGGAAGACAACGGCGAAGAAGACGACCGGUGGAAAAAAGGGGACGAACGAGGAAGCUUGAGGGUGAAGAAGAGCCAGCAUGAAGUUGAUGUAAAUAUGUCCUACCCUCAACUGAGUAAUUCGGAUGACUUUAUGCGAGUUGAAGAGCCAUUCCAAUACCCUUCGUUGAGCAAUUCAGAUGCAUUAAGGCAGGAAUUUUCCGAAUGCCUAGAUUUCUCUGAAAAUGUUGAUUGUACAUUUGACGAUGCUGCUGAUGAAAUAUACUUCGACAUAGAUGAAGACUUAGAGGGUACCACCGUUGUCCCGGAUGAUGAGGUAACGGUUGAAGCACCAAGAUCUGGGAUGGAAUUCAAGAGUGUAAAAGAGCUUUUGGCGUACUAUAAGAAAUAUGCCAAGCAAGAGGGAUUCGGUGUAAGGACACAGAGGACGAAGAGAGAUGAUGAUGGUCGGCCUGUAUAUGUCACUAUUGGUUGUGCCCGUGGAGAAAAAUACCAACCAAAGCACAAUAAUAUAUCUAAGCCACGGCCAACGACUAAAACGGAUUGUAAGGCGAAGGUAAGUGCCACAUUGAAACAAAAUGAAAAAUGGCUUCUCACCAGUAUUGAGAAUACACACAACCAUAUUACUGUGAGCCCCAAGAAGACAAGACUCUUAAGAUCACACAAGGUUCUAGAUGAAUAUAGUCAAAGGAUCCUUAAGCUGAAUGACAGAGCCGGUAUCCGAAUGAAUAAGAAUUAUUAUUCUCUAGUAGUUGAUGCUAGGGGAUUUGAAAACCUAGAAUUUCAAGAGAAAGAUUGUCGGAAUUUCAUUGAUAAGUCUAGACAUUUAAGGUUAGGAAAAAGAGGUGGCGAAGCACUUAGGGUUUAUUUCCAAAAAAUGAGACAGAAGAAUGAUGGUUUCGUUUACGACAUCGACGUUGAUGAUGAGGGAAGGUUAAGAAAUGUUUUUUGGGCCGAUGCACGUAGUCGAGCGGCUUAUGAGUGUUUCGGAGACGUUGUGACAUUCGACACAACGUACCUAACAAAUCAAUACGGAAUGCCUUUUGCUCCAUUUGUCGGUGUUAAUCAUCAUGGGCAAUCCAUAUUACUAGGGGCAGGCUUGUUGUCAAAGAAGUUAGGGUCUCACUCCCAUUUCAGCAUAAGGUUGAAGACCUCCAUUCAGGCUGCUUUGUAUGAUUCACGCACCUGCACGGAAUUUGAGGAGAGGUGGGGUCAACUACUUGAUAAGUAUGAUUUAAAAGGGAAUAAUUGGCUCCAAUCCUUAUACGAGGAAAGGAUUUUUUGGGUUCCAGCUUAUUUGAAAGACGUAUUUUGGGCUGGUAUGAGCAUGAUCCAACGUUUAGAAAGCAUGAAUGCUUUUUUCGACGGGUAUGUCCAUUCUGGAACGACCUUGAAAGAAUUUAUCGACCAAUUCGAUAAUGCUCUCAGAAAAAGGUAG